AUGUUCUACGCCGUCACAAACAGGUUCACAAUAAUGCGAAUCGCAAUGGCAAUAGACAGCGCUCUAUACGAGCGUGCGAUGAGUGUAGAUCGAGCAAGGUUCGCUGCAAUGGUGGCCUUCCGUGUGGUCAUUGCAUUCAGGGGGGGCAAGGAAUGUUCCUAUUUCAUGAAAUCGACUCGCCCGAGCGCACAAGGGUUCUCGGCGAGCCGCCUAGAGGCAACCCAUGAUCUAUUUGUGUCUACUGACGACCUCCGUUCCGCACGAGAUACAAUGCCGUUAUCACUAUCAACUCGCAUCUCCGCGACAUUAGACGUCUCCGAAUGCUUUGCACCUGAUGCACUGGACUUUGUGACCGAAGUUGAGCAAUGUCAACCACACAAUCUAGGUGAUUCUACUUCACAGCCUCAAAAGCUUUCGGAUAAUGCAGCACCGAGUUCAACUUUCGAUAAAAGAGAUCGAACGGACUGGGAAAACCCUGCCAUGAGAGAGGAUAUGCCAAUAACCCUGUUUCAGACUGAUACGUCCCUUUCAAGGGAAGGAUAUUGUACUGUGGGAAUGGAUGUGUCAGAUGUGAAUCUCGCUGCUCGGGGAUUUCCCUCCGAGUUCGAAUAUUCUCUUAUUGGAAGCGACCGGGUGACCGGUGGAUCACAACAGCAUCUCAUUAUUCAAGACAUCGUGCAUGAAGCAGCUGCAGACUUCACAGUUGUUCCAGUAAGGGAUGCAGUCACUCGCAGCUAUAAAAGAAGGUCUUUGUCAGAAGUGGUUGAAACUUGUUUUGACCUCUCCAGCGUGGCCCAUGAAAGCUCAACACAUCUUUUGCACAGUUUUAUCACUUCCUUCUUUGAAAACUUCUAUGGCCUCUGGCCAAUAUCCUGGCGACAAGGCUUUGAUUAUGACUCGGUUGAACCUUUUCUGUAUUUGACAAUGACCUCCAUUGGCGCCAUGUACGCUGGUUCUUCGCAUGCAACUGCAUAUGGCAUGGCUGUGCACCAGGCAUUGCGCCCAAUCCUUCUUAACGCAUGUCUGACAUGCCCCGAAAACACCAUCAAAAUGGAAGAGAUUUUCGAAGCUACCAUCCUGACAGAGGUAAUGUCAUUGUACGUUGGUAAAUUCCAGGAAUCCAAGUACAUUCGCGAAGCCAGGGUUCUGGUUUUUUUUUUAAAAUAUGACGAAAAUGAAUCUGAAGAGACCCUCGCCCGCUGGAUUCGCAUGGAGAGAAGACGGCGGCUGGCCUUUUCGUUUUUGCGAUGCGAAACUUACGCCAGCAUUCUGUUCAACACGCGACCGCUGGUUUCGCAUCACGAUUUUGACUUGAAAAUACCGUGUAGUGAAGAACUAUGGACUUAUGUCGGCCCAGACUGGCGCGAGAAGCUGUUGACCGCUUCUCAGGGGGCGAAUUCGUACACAAUGUACGCGGACUUCAUCCGCACCACAGUGGACGGCACAUUCGCAAACUUUGAAGCACUUGAUGCCACAUCAAAAUAG